ACCUCUCUCUUCACACUAAACAAAUCAACGCAUUCCCAAACAUUCAAAAUAAUCAUCAUUUCAUCAAAGAGUGAGUGUGAUCAACAAUGGAUUUGAGAUUGAUGGGUUUGGAUUCUCCAGUUCUUCAUGCUCUCCACCAAAUGAUGGACCUUUCAGACGAUACUUCUUCCGACAAGGCAUCGCACAAUGCUCCGACGAGGUCCUACGUGAGAGACGCGAAGGCAAUGGCUGCUACUCCGGCGGACGUGAAGGAAAAUCCGAAUUCAUACGUGUUUGUGAUCGACAUGCCGGGGUUGAAAUCUGGUGACAUUAAGGUUCAGGUUGAAGAUGACAAUGUUCUUGUGAUAAGUGGAGAGAGGAAGAGGGAAGAAGAGAAAGAAGGUGUUAAGUAUUUGAGAAUGGAGCGAAGGGUUGGAAAGUUUAUGAGGAAAUUUGUUCUUCCUGAGAAUGCUAAUACUGAUGCUGUUUCUGCUGUGUGUCAAGAUGGGGUUCUCACUGUUUCUGUUGACAAAUUGCCUCCUCCUCAGCCUAAGAAGCCUAGGACUAUUGAGGUUAAGAUUGCUUGAAUUCGUGUUUUGAUUCGAAGAAUGAUGUAGUAAUGUGUUUGAAUGUGAUGUUCUUGUUAUGUUAUGUUUUGUUUUGGGGAGUUAUUGUUAAGUGUAUUUUGAUUUGCUCAAGCACAAGAAUGCAAUGAAGUGAUUUUGUUU